AUGCAACCUUCGAAUGAUCCACACCAAAAGCUAUAUGCUAAUCGCCAUUUAAUCAACCGCUUGCCGCACAUGCCUCAUUUGCAUCGACCCUCAAAGGAAGAAUUGCUGGCUGCGGCAAAUGGCUUUUGGUCCAGACUUAAGGUGCGGUUUAAGUGGUUUUCAAUACGAAGCGUUCGGCCUUUCAACUUGGAUGAGAUCACAGCUCUUUUCUCUUGGGUGCUUCUAGGGCAUGUAGUCUGGGUUGUAUUGGGCACAACAACUUUUUUUUCGUUGCUUAUUAUCGCAAUCAACACGGUUUUUGCUCAAGAAACAUUAGCAGGGUGGAUAGGUAACUAUCUAACCAAGUCAUCUGGGGUGAAGGUUGUGUUUGAAUCUGCUAUUGUUCCUAAAUGGAGAGAUGGCGUGAUCACGUUCAAGAACGUUUUCGUCUCAAGGCGACCAGGCCAGGGGACAGGAAAUGUCACCAAAGGAUCGUCGAAGACCGCUGCGGCCGUAGCCGCAGCUGCAGCUCUCGGAGGAGAACCCAGUCAUGAGCUUCCCGAUCAGCGAACUCCGUCGGACGAGGAAGAUACGAAUUAUACGCAAUUCGACGUGUCAAUCGAAACCGUCAAUGUUACCCUAUCGUUCACCAAAUGGAUAAACGGCAAGGGGCUGCUUCGCGAUGUUGAGGUAAGAGGCAUCAGAGGAGUCAUUGACCGCCGUUAUGUUCAUUGGUCGGAUGAUGACCUGGACCCCAAAUCGUACCGGCAUGAACACCACCCCGGGGACUUUGAGAUUGACUCAUUCAGAAUGAGCGACGUGUUGGUGACAGUCUAUCAGCCGGACGGUUUCAGGCCCUUCCCUGUUAGUAUCUUCUCUUGCGACUUGCCUCAACUGAGAAAGCAGUGGCUCCUAUAUGACUUUAUGUCGGCCAACAUGAUGUCUGGAUCAUUUGACAAUUCACUCUUUACAAUCCAUCCUCGUCAAACACACGGCUUUGCCGGUGCACAGCUUGACAGUGUCACUGAGGACGGCAAAUCAAGCUCGUGGAAAAAGCAUAGCAGGAUACGUGUGGACGGGCUCAACAUUGACCAUUUAAACCGUGGUGUCCAGGGACCUUUCUCCUGGAUACACGAGGGUACAGUCGAUAUCGUUGCCGAUAUCAUGUUUCCGGCCGAAAACGACGAAAGCCUUGCUAAGGUUAUGGCCGACUUCUAUGAUCGGCUAGAGGCCACCGUCACUUCGAACAAUCACCACGACCCGGCAUUGUCCAAGUCCUUACCUAGCGAUAUCGCCUCUGAGCAUGAUAAGCGUUUCCUGGUUACUGAUCUACGUCUCCACUUGAACAAUGUUAGGGCAGUGGUCCCCCUGUUCACACGGGAUUUGUCGUACAUCAACAAUGCACUAAUCCGCCCCAUUGUUGCAUACAUCAAUUCAAGGCGAACGUUCAUUCCUGUAAAUUGUCGCCUUGUCAAGCGGGUCGGUGAUUUCGAUGGCAGUUGGACGACGUUUGAUAGCGGCUUGAUGGACGACCUUUCGGCGGCAGUCUACGAUGCUUUUGCUCGAGAUGUUGUGGAUGAACAAGCUCGGAAGCGUCGUUUCAAGAAAGUAGGCUUCUGGUCACUUCAGCUAGCCGCCCAGGCCAUCUUCAUGGGCAUGGCAGGAAAUAUAGCCUGA